CUUCUCGCCGAGGAGGCGCACAGUACAGUUUCUCGCUAUCCUCCUUCGUCGCUCAUAAAAAGGGGCUGGACCACAGGACAAGGGCACAGAGGAAGAGCCAAAACAUAAUUUCUGACAGGAUGAACAACAGUUUCCUAAACAUGGCGUCGAUAGGCGACUUCGACCCGCUCAACGCGUCUAUUCCUGCCACCAAAGUUGAAAUCACAGUGUCCUGCAGAAACCUGCUGGACAGGGACACCUUCUCCAAAUCAGACCCAAUUUGUGUUCUCUACGCACAAGGCAUGGGCAACAAGGAGUGGAGAGAGUUUGGGAGAACGGAGGUGAUUGACAACACGCUAAACCCCGACUUUGUGCGGAAAUUCAUUUUGGACUACUUCUUCGAAGAGCGGCAGAACCUCCGAUUUGACUUGUAUGAUGUUGACUCCAAGAGUGCCAACCUGUCGAAACACGACUUCCUGGGCCAGGCCCACUGUACUCUUGGAGAGGUGGUUGGAUCGUUGGGCAGUCGUUUGGAAAAAGCUCUAGGAGGCAUUCCAGGGAAGAAAUGUGGGACCAUUAUUGUGAAAGCUGAGGAGCUGAACAACUGCAGGGAAUCGGUGAUGAUGCAAUUCUGCGGGAACAAGUUGGACAAAAAGGAUUUCUUUGGCAAGUCUGACCCUUUCCUGGUCUUCUACAGGAGCAAUGAGGACGGCACGUUUACCAUCUGCCACAAGACUGAGGUGGUGAAGAACACAUUGAACCCAGUGUGGCAGGCCUUUAAGAUCCCUGUUCGAGCUCUUUGCAAUGGUGAUUAUGACAGAACAAUCAAAGUGGAGGUGUACGACUGGGACAGAGAUGGCAGUCAUGACUUUAUCGGGGAGUUUAGCACCAGCUAUAGAGAAUUAUCCAGAGGGCAGAGCCAGUUCAACGUCUAUGAGGUGGUAAAUCCAAAGAAGAAAGGGAAGAAGAAAAAAUACCUCAACUCUGGAACGGUAACACUGCUGUCAUUCCUGGUGGACAUUGAAGUCACCUUCCUGGACUACAUCAAAGGAGGGACCCAGAUUAACUUCACAGUGGCCAUUGAUUUCACAGCUUCCAAUGGUAACCCAGCACAGCCCACCUCGCUCCACUACAUGAGUCCCUACCAGCUGAAUGCCUACGCCAUGGCCUUAAAGGCAGUGGGGGAGAUCAUCCAGGACUACGACAGCGAUAAGAUGUUCCCCGCCCUGGGCUUCGGAGCCAAGCUGCCACCUGACGGACGGGUGUCCCACGAGUUUGCCUUGAACGGGAAUCCUCAGAACCCUUACUGUGCAGGAAUCGAUGGCGUGAUGGAAGCCUACUACCAGAGUCUGAAGUCUGUUCAACUCUAUGGACCCACCAAUUUCUCUCCUGUCAUCAACCAUGUGGCCAGGUAUGCAGCCUCAGUGAAGGACGGCUCCCAGUACUUUGUGCUCCUCAUCAUCACGGAUGGUGUCAUCUCGGACAUGGCCCAGGCCAAGGAGUCUAUUGUCAACGCCUCCUGUCUGCCAAUGUCAAUCAUCAUCGUGGGGGUGGGACCCGCAGAAUUUGAUGCUAUGAUUGAGUUAGACGGUGAUGAAGUCAGAAUCUCAUCCAGAGGAAGAUAUGCUGAGAGGGACAUUGUUCAGUUUGUCCCAUUCAGGGACUACAUCGACCGGACGGGAAACCACAUCCUGAGCAUGGCCCGGCUUGCCAAAGAUGUCUUGGCCGAGAUCCCCGACCAGUUCCUCUCCUACAUGAGAACCCGCGGGAUCAAGCCAUCGCCGGCACCGCCUCCCUACACGCCACCGGGGCAACCCCUCCAAACCCAGAUAUGAGGAGCAAGCAGGAAAAGGGUUUUGGAGUCCAGAGGUUUGCUGAGCUGACUUAAAAAGCAUAAAAAUACUUCCAUCUCCUUAAAGCCACUCUCUAUGCCUUGGCGUCAUGGAUCACGGUGGUCUUUCUCGUGUUCAGGAAGCUGCAUGCCGGGCCAGGAGAGUGACACUUUUGAGGACAGGAAAAGCCAAUGAGAGUCUGUUUACUUCCACUGUCAAGCAUUCCCGUUACUGUCUGGAAUUUUUUUGAAGCCUGGGAAAACCUGGACAGGCUUUGGUGAGUCUGGAUUCAACCCGGAACGAAGAAUGAAGGAACUGUUUUUUUGUUUGUUUGUUCGUUUGGUUUUUUUGAAAACACGGUAAAGAGAAUGUCUCCAGACAAAAACAAAGGAAUCACUUGAUCUUAAAUGAACACUUAACUUUUCCUGUAAAUAACUGGACAUAUGUAACUUCUUUCUGUCUCUCUUUCUAUCUCUCUCCAACUCACUCAUUGUUUACAGUAAAUGCUAACAAGGAUUUUUACUGUUGAUACUUUUAUAUACACAUAGUUUCAAUAUAAAGCUUGUAAUACUCUCUCUCUUUCUAUCUAUGUCUCUCUCUAUCUCUCUCUCUCUCUCUCUCUAUCUCUUUCCUGGCAUGUGCGUCAGGUAGCAGCAGUGCAGGUCCUGGUAGCCCUUCUGUACCGUACCGUACCGUGCUGUACCGUACCGUACUGUAUUAUGGUGUUUGUAUUAACCUUUUGCAUGAGUGUAGCCUCAGUCAAGUGCAUGCAUACGAUAGUGGCCCUGCACCACCUCUUCAAACCAUCUGUCUGUCUACCUGUCCGUCUGUCUGUCUGUCUGUCUGUCUGUCCGACUGUCUGUCUGUCUGUAGGGAGUGAGUGUCUGUCUGCCUGUAUCUCCAUUUGUUACUUCACCCUGUUUGUCUGCACUGCUCUCAGGCCUCAGAGGUCUGUCUGUCUGUCUAUCUGUCUUCUUAUGAAGCUUUUCUUCCCCUCUCUCUCUCUCUCUCUCUCUCUCUCUCUCUCUCUCUCUCUCUCUCUCUCUCUCUCUCUCUCUCUCUCUCUCUCUCUCUCUCUCUCUCUCUCUCUCUCUCUCUCUAUCUGUCGUUCUCUUCUUCUUCUCCUAUCACGUUUAAUAGCUUUGUUUCCAUGCAACCACUCUUUAUUUCCCCUUUUUGGCAAACACAAAAAACAUCUUAUAUAUUUUUCUUUGGUUCCUUUGAUGAAUAUUUUGGCAUUCUAAAAUAUAAAAUAUCUGUCAUUUCAAAUUUUAAAGAAAUGUUGUCUUCAUGCAUACUGUGAUAUCUUCAAAAAAACAAUAUGUCCAAUAUUAUUAUUAUUAAUAAUGUAUGAUAUUUACAGGUGAAACCAUGAAAUAUGGGCAACAUUUGCAAUCAUUUUAGAGCUAAUUUUACUUUUAAAAAGCUGAUUUCUUUGGUAAGAUGAUUUAGAUCAUGCUAUUUCUGUGUUUUGCAUCAUUUAUUUAUUUAUUUAUUUUAAAUGUAACUGUUGAAUGGAAAAAAUAGCUACUAUCAUUCUCUCUCUCUCUCUCUGUCUCUCUCUCUUUCUGUCUAUUCUCCUCCAAACUGCCUUGGCAAUAGGAUGCCCACAUUCCCAGGGGUUUUGUCUCAUUGUGUCGUGUACUGUAACACCACAUCCCUGCCCAUGUUAUAAACGACAGCAGCUGCUCUCAAACUUAAUACAGUUUGAGCAUAAAGAGCCCAGAGGUCAAAAAUGCAGAGAAAAACACACUUUCCCUAUGUUGGCUUUUUUUUUGUUUUGUUCCAAAAUUGUUUUGGGUGUGUAUUUUUUUAUUGCACCUUUUAGCUUUGAUAUAGCUUUUUAUAUGUUUGUUUUUAUGAUGUGUGUAUUUGUAUGUGCCAAUCAUGUGUAAAAGGAUGAUUUCCGUCAAGUUUCCGAUAACAUCGAAUGCUCGUUUCUAAAACCGUCUAAUGAAUGAAAGAGAGCCGUUUCUGUCACGAAUGUGGAAAGACUGAAGUGUUGAAAUGAAGUUAAAAGUGUGUUUGUGUGUAAAUGAGAUUUGCGUGCUGUGAAAAAAUGAUGUCUAUGUCAAAACAUUACAUGGAAUGUUUAAAAAGUCUUAAAAAAAAAAGGGAACAUAUUAACAUUGGAUAGCAAGCACCAAAAAAUGUGAAAGGAUAUUUUAUUAUUGAAGUGAUGUUAAAGCUUGCAUUAGUUAUUUUUUGUAUGAACACUUAAGUACUUUAAUGCUAUGAUUUUGCUCAAGUUAUGCUUCAUAUGACCAAAUCUUAUGUUAUAAGCACUUGUUUAUAAUGGAGCAGAUGUUUCCAGGUGUUUCACUCCAUUUUUACACAUCUGGUUACCACAGAAAAUCCAAUAGGAUCAAUAGUGAUUACACAACAGGUACUACCUAAACAAUUCAUUAACUUUGAAAAUAUAAAUUAUUACAUGAAUAUUGUGUUCUGCAAGUAACAAUAACAAGCAGUAUAUUGUGUUUAUACUACUGAUCAUUUUGCAUGAGAGGGACACAGUUAUUUUUUGCCCUGGUUAGGCCUAAAGGUUAACCAAUCACACAGUUUUCACUAUUUUCCAUUGUUUUCCAUUGUGCAGUGUAACAGAGAAGAAUUGUUCGUCUAAAAUCAAAAUGUUAGGAUCUUAAAAUGUAUUUUACCUUUUGUACAAGCGUUUAAAAAUGGUAAAUAAGCUAUGGAUCCUAAUUUGAAUCUGUGUAACCUGGUUGGUUUGUUUUGGACUAAUUUUCUCUACACCCUGAAUUUUCAGCAGUGAAAAAAUGUACUUGUUGCUCAGCUUCAACUCAGAAGAAUUCGUUUUAAAUAUCCUACUGCCUUCACUGGUUUAGAAACAGUUAAAGCUUGACAUUCCCAAGUUCAUCUUUCCUUUCACAUAACCUCCCCAUGAUAUGAAUAUGUGUGUGUGUUUUGUGCGUGUCUUUGCUUAGUAAGUGUAAUCUCACUCUUGCAACCACCCACUGCAUUCAAAGCAUAGCUGGACACAUCAUUAGGACUGAAGGUCAAAUAAGGAUCUCAUUACUGCCUCAGCAGAUAUACUGUAAAACUCACAUUCUCCAAACCAGAUAUCCAACAGUGCAGGGGUCAGAAUUGGCUUUAUUGUAGCUAUUACUGAUUGGAAAGGCAGAGAAGGGAUUUUUGGGGGCGUUUGGGAUUAUCUGCUUGGAUUCAGUUACAUUUUUGAUGUUGGUCUUUGGUUACAAUUCAGAAAAAAAUCCCCUCUGAUGGACACAAAUUACCGUAUCUGAAGAUUACUUCAUUAUAUUGUGGCAGGUUGAAAAACUACUGGGUUUUACUCUUGGUGAUUACAGAAAAAAUUCAUUUAAUGCAAGUUUAUGUAACUUUUUCUGAACAGCAGCCACUGUAGGAAAAAAAACAAAUACAGAAUUACGUUUAAGGAAAAUGAUUGUCUAUUACUCAUUACAUUACUGGUUUAAAUGAGCACAGGUAGUCACAAAGAGUAAUAAAGCCAGCAAACUGACUAAGUUAUAAAGCAAUAUAUGUAAAGUUUGCUAACGUUAGCAAACAUUACCGUAGCAUGACACCUUGAGCUAGUGGUUUUACAUGACCAAGAAAAGCUGUAGUACAAUGCAUUACAUUCCUCAUGAAUUUAACUUUUUAUUUCUAAAAAUAAGAAUAUGAUCUUUUUUCAACAGAUACAUUGUAUCGCAACCGACUCCAAACAAUUUGACACAGGGGGAGAGAUGAAAGUAAAUAUAUUCACUUUUCUGCCAACUUUCACGUUGCUCCAAACAAUUGCAGAAAAAACAUUGACAUGACAUUUUCUUGACAGAUUUGUAUUUAGUAAAUGCUUGGCCACAUUAUGUCCCAAGAUUCUGCUGUUUAGCAGUGGAGAUGCUACAAGAUUACCCUUUCAUGCUAACUGAUUGGCAACCUACCUCCUGUUCCUAGUUGUGUGUUAUUCAGCAAAUUCUUUCAGGGUAGAAGAAAUGCAUCUCUUGCUAUUAAAUUUCCAUGGCAAGACUUGUCAGCAAGGGCAGAACACUGUCUGGAAGUAAAAAGAGGCUGUAAGGAUUUUUUAAAAAUUAUUAUUUACGAUGUUUUUCCAUGAAAACCAUCUAUCUGAAUGUAUAGGAUCUUCUGUUUUGCGUUUGUAUCUUUUUUUCUUGUAUGUUUUUGUUUUUAAGAGUUCACAAAUUCAGAUUCACAAAAUGACAUUAUCCAGUAAGCCUGUUCAAAUAAUGUAUUCAAGUUGCUCAAAUAAUUUAAUUGGCCAUUUUAAGAUCAAAAAGUCAGGUCAAAAAAUCAAGUUGCAGAAAUUGAGCUUGAUACAUGGAUUUGUCAAGCAAAAUGUUUCAGUGCUAUUUAAUUUUCAGUCUCCUAUAAAAAGUGUUGGUUUUUUGGCCUUUCUUUGCUUCCAUACACAUAGACAUACACAUCAUUUUUUGCCAUAGUCAUAGCUGCCAGUUGUUUUGUGUAAUUAUUAUUAUUAUUAUUAUUUACUUGGUAAUCAUAGUGCAACAGCUCACUAACUUUGUCUAGCCCCAUGAAGCUGCGAGUGUGUGCGCAUGUGCGUGUGUGCAUGCAUGUGUUUGAUAUAAGUCUACUUUGUACGUGUGUGUGUGUGUGCGAGUGUGUGUGACUGCCUCUGAGGCGCCUUUUAUAGUGUUUUAAUAGACUACGUGAGGCGUUAACACACAUAAGAUCUUUGUUUACUAAAGCUAUCCAAAUAAUAUAUUGUAUGCUCGUCAUAUCUUCUUAACAAUGUGCACUAUGUUUGCAUGUACAGUUUUACAAAGGAUGCACCAGUUCCUUUUGUUAAAAACUGAGUGUUUUGAAAUAUAAAAAUCUAUAUGAAAAAUUAACUGUACAAAAUGGCCUUAAAUCUCUCAAUGAUUUUCUUGGAAUUGUGCGAUGCCUUCUUCAGAAAAACGAAUUGUUUAAGGAAUUAAUCGUUAUCUAUUUUGUGUCAGUGUUUUUAUUGCUUUCUAGUGUAUUUUUCUUUGCACAAGUUCAAAUAUGGAAAAAAAUAAUCUUGUACUUUUUUGAAACCGUGAUUAAUCAGAGAAAGCAUGGCUGAAGUACUGAUUGUCUGAUAAUACAUAUAAUAGAUGACUAUUUCUGUAUUGAACUAUGGAUUUUUAAAUAAAUAUUCAUAUUAAACACAAAA